AUGGACAUCCGAAUGCCAUUGGGUGUGGAACUGCAAACAUCUCGUGGUUGGACGCGGAUGUUUACAGCCAGCCUAACAUGUCUGCAGGGAGAGAGGGAGAUGAUAAGUGGAGGCAGGGAUCUGGCACUGGGCGAUAAGAGAACAGAUGUUGUGCGUAGGCUAUCUGAAGUUGCUAAAUCAUCAACUGGUCCAAAAAUGGCUGAGAGGAAGCUGGACAACUUUAGAUGGAACUGGAUAGUGGCACUUGUCCUUCUGUGCAAUCUAACAAUGUUUCAGGCAAAAGCAAGCAUGGACCAUAAUGAAACCCAGCAGCAUCCGACAAAUGUCUACCACGACAUCGGAGUCACCAGGAACAAGAUAGUUACGGCGCAGUUUGAGUGCUAUCAAAAGAUAAUGAAGGACAACACCCACAGUAGGCUAGAGCCCAUGUGUAACCGGACUUGGGAUGGCUGGCUGUGCUGGGAUGACACUAAAGCAGGAGUUGUGUCUGAGCAGCACUGCCCAGACUACUUCCAGGAUUUUGAUCCUUCAGAAAUGGUCACAAAGAUUUGCACCGACAGUGGUCACUGGUUUCUUCAUCCGGAGAGCAACCGGACGUGGACCAACUACACCCAAUGCAACGAGCGCACCAACGAGGGCAGAAUGACGGCGAUGAAUCUUUUCUACUUAGCACUGAUAGGACACGGCCUGUCGCUGACCUCUCUCUUCGUCUCCCUUGCUAUAUUCUUCCAUUUCAAAAGUUUGAGUUGCCAAAGGAUCACCCUUCACAAAAACCUCUUCUUCUCUUUCACGAGCUGUAAGGUCUCCCAGUUCAUUCACCUGUACCUGUUUGGGUGUAACUACUUCUGGAUGCUGUGCGAGGGAAUCUAUCUGCACACUCUCAUCGUGGUGGCCGUCUUUGCAGAGAAGCAGCACCUGAUGUGGUACUACCUCCUGGGAUGGGCUGUUGGAUUAGCUCCAAAACGUCACUGCUCUACAUCAUCCACGGCCCCAUUUGCGCCGCUCUUUUGGUUAUGCCGUCGCUCCCGUCUCGCCUCAAAAGACUCGACUAAUUUGAGAUUCCACUGUCGUAUAGUCAAUUUGUUCUUCCUUCUAAAUAUCGUGCGAGUUCUCAUCACCAAGCUGAAGGUGACCCACCAGGCGGAGUCGAGUCUCUACAUGAAGGCGGUGCGGGCCACCCUCAUCCUGGUGCCUCUUCUGGGAAUCCAGUACGUUCUGCUGCCCUACAAGCCCGACGGACGAGUGUCCUCGGAAAUAUACGACUACAUCAUGCACAUACUAAUGCAUUACCAGGGUCUGCUUGUGGCCACCAUCUUCUGCUUUUUCAAUGGAGAAGUCCAAGCAGUACUGAGGCGACACUGGAACCAGUAUAAUCUCCAGUUUGGCAGCAGCAUAGGAAACCACUCGGAUGCCCUGCGUUCAGCCUCCUACACGGCCUCCUCCAUCACCGAGGUGCAGGGCUGCUACAGCAUCGACAGCCACUCGGAACACAUGAACGGAAAGGGCUGCCCCGAAGCGGACGUGUCCAUCCUAAAAUCGGACAACCCUUUUGCCUGACCGCCGGAGUCUCGGACAGUCGGACUCAGCCCGAACUUUCCACCUCCCUUAAGAUCCGCAAUCCCGUUCGGAGCUGCAGAUCCUCUCCGUGUAGAUACAGCAUCAGAGGAAUUUAGCCUGGAAAGCGAUUGUUCACAAGAUCUGUGACCCACCUAAGGAAAUGAAGAGAUCUCUUUUUUUUUUUUAAACCAACACACAGACCUUUAACAGCACACGAAGAUGAGCUGGGUUCCUAAACUUUGCUUUGUCUGCUGCUUUAAAAUGGAGCUGGACAUAUUCAUAUUCGAAUGCCAGUGUUGUUUUUUCAAACUUGCUGCCUGACAAAAUGGUUUUAAAGUGAAUGAACGGUGUCUGUUUGUUUAGCCUUUAGGGAGCAUGUUGAGCACAAAAAGAGCCUUUGGUUAUACUGUGUAUUCCUUUGACAGAGAUAGUGCCAAACCCAAAAAUCUCACCUCCUUCAUUCUCUUUAUAUUUCGACAGAGAAGGGAAAGGGAGAGAGGACAUCUAACAGGUGCAUCAUAAUAUAUCAAAACUAUAUUAUAGUGUUCAUUUUAAUUUUUACUUAAUUUAUCUAUAUAUAUUUAACAUAUUCAUGUUUAUUUAAAGAGACAGAGUACCAAACAGUAUUUUAUGAAGACAACAUAUUACGCUUUCCUCAGAAUGAGACAUUUAUGAACUCAUAUGACUUCUUGCCAGGUACACAUAAACCUUCAAAGCAUUCUUGUUUAUAUAUUUUUUUUAAUUUAGUUAAUAUUGAAUCAACAGGUUUUCCCCUUAUUGUCUGAGUGCCAACUUCUUUAUCCUUCAAACCACAGAAAAAAACGUAAAACUUGGUUGUGAUGUCACUUGGCACCUUUAUUUUAUCGCAGAGAAGCCAUUGUGGAAUUGGAAGUUUUUUAGUAUCUACUUCUUAAACUUUGAUUUAAAAGUUCAGUCACACACAUUCCCUUUCACUGCUGUCUCCACUCUCAUUCUUCCCAAAUGUUCUCACAAUUGAAAAAAAACCUGAUAUGACUGCUAUCUGUAGGUGCUUACGACAAAAUUAUAUUACGUUUUUUAAUGUUUUUUUCUGAUUAGAUGCACAUCUAGGAUUUUUAAGGACAAGGCUUUUUAAAUAAAAAAAGUGCAAUCAACACAAACACUCUCUAGUACCUGUACAAACUGUGAUCAUUCUACUUCAGAUUUCAGUUUCAUGUGAAAAGGGAGCCAUUUUCAGUCCUCCUUUAGUAACCGGCUGAGUUUUUAAAUUAUUCAAAGCUAAUUACUUUACUUAUUUGGGAAAUUACCAUCAUAUUACAUGGUUAUUUUCUUAAUCCUCCCUGUGAAGAGGAUUCUACAAGUAUUCAACUUGCUCUUUAAAAAUAGAAAUGAAAAAGAUGCAGUAAUAACCAAGCCUUUAUGUUCAGUUUAAAUAUCUCUUUGCUCCAAAAGAUGAGAAAUUGGGGAAAAGAGUAAGCGAGGAGAUCAAAUUUUCCUUGAUUAAAUAUAAAAAAAGUAAUUCAUAAUUCAUCCGUGACUUUAAUUUUCAUGAGAGCUCUUUUUCCGCAACUGAAAUGUUUUAAAAAAGAAAGCUUUUUUCUUUUUUUUGUAUCUCAAUGCUCAUUUGCGUUCACAAUAAUGAGAUCAGUCACAUGAUUCUAGACCCACUCCACAAUGUGGUCAUUUCACAUAUUCACAUUUGUUGUUUAUUUUUCGUAUAGUUUAAUUUAACAUUGAAAAUCUUUGUCCACACUGCUGGGAACAGGAGUCACUAUUAGCUGGUGUAAAUAUUUUUGUAAACCCAUUUCUUAAUGAGGAGAAUUAAACGUGUGUGUACCUUGUUUUAGAGAGAAAGAUGAGUUGUGUUUCUAACCGGGAACCCUAAACACGCUACUGUAUGUGUCUGUCUUCAUGACCUGCCAUAAACCCGUAUACUUUAUGUCCACCCCUUGUUAUGUUCCAAUUAGCCCAAAGCUAACCUAUGUUGGUUGUUUUACUGCAGAAAAGGCAGAAAAAAACACAAAUUGCCCAAGCUAGUGAUGAUUAGCAAUACAAGUCAAUGGCAUUCUGUAACCGUUUGCACAAAUCGAAACGCUGUAGACGGCACAUGUACAACUGAUCUAAUUAGAUCCACGUCAUUAGCAAGAAUGCUAAUGACCUGUUUAUUGCCCUUACUAGAAUUGGAUUACGAGGUUUGAGUUUAUUAAAGUUUCCCCUAUUUCCCAAAUCAGAUUCCCAGGUAAGAAAAAGGCCGGUCAUAUUUGGAUGUUUGACCUCAAAUACUUCUACUUUUCCUUUUAUUAGAGUGCAUGGUGAGCUUCAUUAGUCUAAUUUCUAAAAGAAAAUGUUCGCCAACAAAUUAAUGUCCUUUAUUUUCUCAAUGUUUCUUUUUAGUUGUUUUUUUUUUUCCAUCAGUGUCCAUGCUUAAAAGUUUCAGUGUUUAAUCCGAUGCACUUUAUUUUGAAGAAAUUUGAUGCAUAAAAAAUGUUUCUAGUAAAAAGGGAGUGGGUUAAUUUCGGACACAUGAACAUGAUCACGCAAGUCAAGGCUACAGUUCCUGUGUGGGAUGCAGUAUUACGGAAUGUUUCUCUGUUUUCAUGUCAGAUCUGCCGGACAGUUUCUCCACUUACAUGUAAAACCUUUUGCAUAAUUACCCUGACUAAGUGAUUGAUUUACAACGAUAUGGUUAUGAAGUCUUCAUCGCAAUUCAUGUCUAAUUUGCGAUGCAUCACAGACAUUGAUGACGCUGUAUUCAUUUUCAUCAAAACCGUGGAAAACUCAAAGGCUUUUAUAGCUUUUGGCAUGUGUAGUAAAUCCUGUGCAUCCAUUUUGUGUAUUUAUGUGUAAAAGGUUUUUUAUAUGACUCCUCGUAGAGUUUUUUAAAGUCUCAAGUGAUACUCUGUCAAUGUUGCAAAGUAUGACAAAGCAUUAAGGACGCUGUCAGUAGUUUUUGUUUAUAUUGUACUGUAUCUAACUUUGAUAGUCUUGACACAUUGACUCCACACUGCUGUUUGAAUGUAAAUGGUUUUCUUUAAUUCUCUGGAUAUAUAUUUACAUAUGAUUCUCUUUUUUUAUUAUGUCAAUGAGUUUGACAAUGUUGAUAUAUACAUAUAUAUAUAUAUAUAUAUUGUAUAUCUGCAUACAAAUACAGUUUAGCACAGAAACGAUGCUCAGUUCU